AUGGUGACUGAUAAAGUUCAUUUACGCCACUGUAUUUUAUACGAAUUUCAACAAGGAAGAAAUGCUACAGAAGCAUGUAGAAAUUUAUUGAAAGUGUUUGGUAAAGGUACAGUUUCUGAUAGGACAUGCAGAAGAUGGUACGAAAAAUUUGAAACAAGUGAUUUCGACCUUUCUGAUAAGUCACGUUCUGGGCGACCAUCUUUGAUCGACGACGAUGUUGUUAAGGCAAUGUUGGAGCAAGAUCCUUUUCUGACAACAUCAGAGAUCGCAGAAAGGCUUAAUUCAGUUCAACAAACCAUUUCUGACCAUAUUCGGAAGAUAGGAUUGGUGUGGAAGUAUUCAAGAUGGGUGCCGUCCAAAAAGAGGCCGGCAAUGUUCAAUAGGAAGGAUAUGAUACGAUAA